AUGUCCAUCAACGAUUUUCACCAUAAAAGUUGUUUAUUCAUCUUUUUGUUUUUACUUCUCGAUCAGUCAGUAUCCUCUUUCUCAUUCGACCAAUGCAACGUGACACGUUCUUGUUGGUUCCAUCCUCCAGAAUGUAAUGCAGAUAACUCGGCAGCUUGUCAGUCAGGUGUCGAAUGGCAAAUGCUUCCAGAAGGACUCUUUCUACAAUUAGAAGCAAAAGUCCAUGAUUUGGACCAAACUCGUCCGUUCUAUGCAGCGUUAGGGUUUAGCUUCAACCAGCGAAUGGACGAUGAUACGGUUUUCGAAUGCGUCGUUCCGCACACUGGAAACGGAAAAGUGCAAAUUUCGUUCAACGACGAAACGUUCAAUCAGGUUCUGCCGCAGGCGUCAUCAGUACUUCUCACUGAAGGAACAACUUCUUAUAUUGAUGGAGUUUUGACGUGCAGUGCAAAGUUAUUGUUGGAUAAUCGACCAUUGAUUAGUAAUGAGUCACAAUUCAUGGUUCAUGAUUUGGAAUCUGGUUCUUAUCAUCUACUUUUUGCAAGAGGAAGUGCUAAUAAAUAUACUCUCGAAAAAGAUAUUCACUCAACGAACGAUGGUCAACAGUUCCCAUGGAUGUCGGAUGAACAAGUUUCAUUUUGUCGAACGAAUUGCUCAUCUCCAAAUUUAUAUCAUAUUGGAGCCAUGAGACAAACUUAUAAUGUUUCAAGAUACUGGAGAUACAGAAUUGCAGUUUGGCAUGGAAUCUUAUUGAUGUUCGCUUGGUGGGUUCUCGGAUCAACUGCUAUUCUCAUCAGUCGGUACUUUAAACCAUUGUUCCCACGAAACAAACUUCUUGGUACUGCAGUUUGGUUUCAGCUUCACCGUGACAUGAUGAUACUCUCAGUUAUCAUUCAAGUCGUCUGCGUUCUCUUCAUUUUUUACCAAGCGGGAUGGGUUUGGUAUCAGUGUUCGUAUAUGUGUACUUCUGAUGAUUUCUCGAAAAAAAUGCACGCAAUAACUGGGUUCACUGCGACCGUGUUAGCUCUAUUACAACCAGUAUUCGGAUUUCUCCGACCUUCUCCAACUUCAAAUGUUCGUCCAUUCUUUAAUUGGGGCCAUUGGUUCAUUGGAAUGUUCUCAUGGGCUGUUGCAUCGGCAACUAUUGUUCUCUCAAUUCCAAUGGGUAAGACUGGGUUGAACAGAUUAUAUGGUCAUGUUCCCAACUGGAUUGUUCUUGGAUAUAUUCUCUUUUUCAUUGGAUGCAAUUUGAUUUUGGAAAUUAUCACAAUAGCCAGCAACAAAAGCAAAAUAGAAGGAAUUCAACCCCAUCGAUUCACAGUUGGCCCGAUGGGAAUGGCAUUAGCAAACCUGAAUACUCCUAUAAAAGAUGCACCUAUUGAGGUGCCUAAACGUACAAAAGCUCGAGUGACCGUAGUUUUAGUUCAUUUAGUUGUGAGUUUAUCUGUGAAUAUAGCCUUCGCAGUUAUGUUAUUCCGUGCACUUUGGUCCCAUUCUCCCUAG